AUGGCCGAGAUCCGUCGCAAGCUCGUCAUCGUAGGCGAUGGUGCCUGUGGUAAGACCUGUCUACUCAUUGUUUUCUCAAAGGGUACCUUCCCUGAGGUCUACGUCCCCACUGUCUUCGAGAACUAUGUUGCCGAUGUCGAGGUCGAUGGCAAGCACGUCGAGCUUGCUCUUUGGGAUACUGCUGGCCAAGAAGAUUACGAUCGCCUGCGUCCUUUGUCAUACCCCGACUCGCACGUCAUUUUGAUUUGUUUCGCCGUCGACUCUCCCGAUUCCCUUGACAACGUCCAGGAGAAGUGGAUCUCCGAGGUUCUCCACUUCUGCCAGGGCUUGCCCAUCAUUCUGGUCGGCUGCAAGCAGGAUUUGCGCCACGACCCCAAGACCAUUGAGGAGCUGAAUAAGACUUCCCAGAGCCCCGUCACUGCUGAGCAGGGUGAGGAGGUCCGCAGGAAGAUCGGCGCUUACAAGUACCUGGAGUGCUCUGCCCGUACAAACGAGGGUGUCAAGGAGGUCUUCGAGUCCGCCACGCGCGCGGCCUUGCUGAAGUUCAAGAAUAACACCGGCAAGUCCCAUAAGAAGAAGUGCUCCAUCCUGUAA